UUAGCCGGGGACACACCAGCCUGCUCGCAGGUGCCUGGACAGGACAGGGGACGAGAGAGGAACACUCUCUGAGGAAGCCCAGCUCCUAUGAGCUCCUCGCUGGCAGCACUCAAACCAGUGAAGCUUGGGAAAGUCAUCGACCUCCAGUCGUUCUGCUGAAAAAAAGCUGGUUCUAUUUCCAUGGAGACCAGGGAAUCUGAAGAUUUGGAAAAGACCUGGAGGAAAUCAGCAAGUGAUCAACGGAACACUGAUAAUGAACCAGCCAAGGUGAAACCUGAGUUACUCCCAGAAGAAGAGGAGACUUCUCAAGCUGACCAGGAUAUCCAAGACAAAGAGCCUCAUUGCCACAUCCCAAUUAAGAGAAAUUCCAUCUUCAAUCGCUCCAUAAGACGCAAAAGCAAAGCCAAGGCCAGAGACACCCCCGAACGGAACGCCAGCUGCCUGGCAGAUUCACAGGACAAUGGAAAAUCUGUAAAUGAUUCCCUGACCUUGAAUAUCCCCCGGAGCAGAAUGCCUCCUUGCAGAACAGCAAUGCAGACAGGCCCAGGAGCCCAGAAAAUGAGGUAAGAGAUGGCAGAUCAUGAGGAAUGCUGGUCUGGGA